AUUGGACUGCUCGCUUCUUCUCGCCUUGUUUUGCUUUCGAUCUGGCGUCAGGACUAAUCCCCGCCAAUACAGAGGAGGAAUAACUUUUAGUUUUGCUCCCGCGAUUUAUUCCGCCGCCGGUUUUCCUUUCCAUUUUGCGUCUCUUGGCAACCGUGACAACCUUGAGGAAUUACAUAAAUACCGCGAAACACAUUAUUGGGAAGAGAUCGACGGGAAGGACGUGGUUCUCUUUCAGGCACCGCAGCCCGAGGACGGACUUUGGGUGGGGGCGGCAGGCGCGGCGGCGAAACAUGUCAGCGGCAGAAACAAAAGCCGAGAGCCGCUCUGCCUCCCCUUUUAGCGUCGUCGGGGCGCGGAGAAACGGGCUUUCGGAGUGCGCAAAAACUCGCGGAAUGUCACAGCCGAGGCGGGUCUCGCCGGGCGGGGGAUCCCCAAAGCAACUUUCCUUCAACCCCAGCGGAGACGAGCUCAUGGAGUUGCGGAGCGGGCGCUGCUUGGCGAUCCCGGGAUCCGCGGGCCAGGCGGAUAGGCGCUCUCCUGGUGGGGGAACCGAGAGGAAACAAUGCCUGUGGAAAGAAUGCGAAUGCGGCCAUGGCUAGAGGAACAAAUAAAUUCGAAUAAAAUCCCAGGGCUGAAAUGGCUAAAUGAGGAAAAGAAGAUUUUUCAGAUUCCUUGGAUGCAUGCUGCACGUCAUGGGUGGGAUGUUGAGAAAGAUGCUCCUUUAUUUCGGAAUUGGGCCAUUCACACUGGAAAGUACCAGCCAGGAGUCGAUAAAGCAGAUCCAAAGACAUGGAAGGCCAAUUUUCGAUGUGCGAUGAACUCCUUGCCAGACAUAGAAGAAGUUAAAGACAAAAGCAUCAAGAAAGGGAACAAUGCUUUCAGGGUGUAUCGGAUGCUGCCAUUAUCUGAGAGGCCUUCUAAGAAAGGAAAGAAACCCAAGUCUGACAAGGACGAUAAAAUGAAACAAAUUAAGCAAGAACCAGAGGAGUGCUCUUAUCAACUGAGUAAUGGAACAAGUCCAGAAUUUUCUAAUUACUGCUUAUCUUCCACAAUAAAAACUGAAGUCGACAGUACAAUAAACAUUGUAGUUGUAGGCGAAUCACACUUUGAAGUUGGUUCUGAGGAUCAUAUGAUAGUUCCCAAUCCUCCAGAUGUUUGCCAAGUAGUAGAGGUGACAACAGAAUGUGAUGACCAGCCCAGCUGUAUGAGUCAACUAUAUCCACUACAAAUCUCCCCUGUCUCCUCCUAUGCAGAGAGUGAAACAACAGAUAGCAUCCCAAGUGAUGAAGAAAAUGCACAAAGUCAACUUCAGUGGCAAAAGAAAAACAUCGGUGGGAAACAAUACUAUAGCAAUUUGGGGACAAGGAAUCCACCUUACCCACUUCCUGGUAUGGCCACCUUUGUGACUUCUAACCAACCUGACCUCCAGGUGACCAUCAAAGAAGAAAGCUGCCCUUACAGCAGCUCAUGGCCUUCUUUCCCAGAUCUUCCUCUCCAACAAAUAGUGUGCUCAGCUUCUACCAGCUACAGCAGCCGGCCUCCCGAUCAUGAGAACCGGGCAAGCGUCAUCAAGAAAACCUCAGAUAUCACUCAGUCAAGAGUCAAGAGCAGCUAAACCAUUCGCUGAUAUGUUCCCAGUAGAUGUUAUCUUGUGGCUUUGAGGAGCAUAUCUAAUGGACAUUUUACAAAUUUAAGGAAACAAGCCUGGAGAGUGCAGGAUAUGACUGUUCAACUCCAGCAUUGGCGCAUCUUAAACUCAGGACUCCAUUCAUGAGAAUGUCAGAGUUCCAAGAUUACAGCCCAGGGAAUGGAGGUUCACAUUAGCAGUAUGUGGUCAAGCUCCAUCAAGAGGACCAAUAGUCCCUCCCAAAUAGAGGCACCUCACUUCUUGUAGUCACCAUAGUGGAACUCCAAACUUUUGGAAUGAAAGAAAAAAUGUGAACUCGCUGGAUUUUUUUUUCUGCAGAAUCUAUUGUGAAUAUGUACAUAGUGCAGCACUAGCAAUAUUGCAGUCUGCUUUCGCACCUUAUUAAAAAAAAUAGCACUUGCAAAAAAGGCCUUUUAAUUAAUGGCACAUUUAAAGCUCCAGGUCUGGUCUCUGUGAGAGCUUCUCUGACAUAUGUAGCCUUGGAAUCUGGAAAUACAAAUUAAAAGGGAAGGUGAAACUUCCUGUGUACAUUUCA